AAUUAAAUUUCGAAAUAAUAAUAAAAUCUAUAUGAGAACUAGAAGUCUAUUUUAUCAGCUCAAGCCACUGAAUUUCUAAAUUCCAGCUAAAGUUACAUCCAGGUGGAGCUGGUACCAGUCAGUGUUACGCCGCAUUUUCAUUCGAUGAUGAUGAAAAUGUGAUGAUGAUCAUACACACAAAACGCUUUAGCACAUUAUAAAAAGAGAGAAAGAGAGAGGAGUAAAAAAAAGACAAGAGAAUAAACCAGCGUGUAUUUUUUAUUACUCCAAACAAUUAUUAAACAAAGAUAGAUAAUUUUUUAAUACACAAAAUAAAUAAAAAAGCAUCCUAAUUGUUCAUAGACCGGUUGGACAAUACAGUCCAGUUACUUGAAUCAUAUUGUGUUAUUUAAUAUGAUAAAUAUAUUUUAACAAUAAUUAAUUAAUAAUUUCAAUUUUGUGACAUGACGUUCAACAAUAAUAAAAAUAUUAAUGAAAAAUAUGAUCUCAUAAAACGAGAUACAUAUUUGGAAGAAAGACCACUCAUUGUAUUCUGAUCGAUUUGGUAUCAAGUUUUAUGCUCUUUUUUUAUUUUUUUAUUUCUACCGCAUUAUUUGGCUUCGAAAAAAAAAAAAUAACCAGAAGAACCAGUUGUAUCACGAAUAUUAUUAAAAAGACAGUUAUUAUGUCUUCAUAAUAACAACAACAAUAUCAUAAAUUACUCCAAAAAAAAUAAUACAUCAAAAGAUAAACAAUGGAAAAAUUUACAUUUCCAAUUGCAUUACUGAUAAUUGUCUGGUGUAAAUUAGGAACAUCAAGUAUUGUCAAUGAUCCAAAUGAUAAUUUAAAAAACACAGUUAAUUUAACAAAAUGUUGUGAAUUAAAUGAAAUACUUUAUGACAGUAUUUGUACAUCAACAUUGUUAUUAAACAAUACAGAACCAUGGAAGCCAAAUAUGCUUGAUGAUAAAAUAUCAAAAAAACAUAAUACAAAAUAUAAUGUACAAAUUGGUGUACCAAAUUGUGAAAAAAUUGAACAUAAAUGGGAAGUUUAUGAUUCCGAGCAUGAUACAUUGUCAAUGUUACCAUCAGGUAAACUACGUCAUUAUAUUAAUAAAAAAUAUCCAACAGAUGUUGAAAAAGAAAAGUUAAGUGAAAAAUAUGAAGAAGAAGAAGAUUUAUAUGAUGUUAAUGUUGAAGAACCAUUUUAUGUUGAUUAUGAUGUUGGUAAUUAUUGUAUUGAUAAAGCAAUAUUAAGUAAAGAUAAAAUAACAACAACAUAUGCUGUAAUAUGUAUACCACAAAAAUCAUGGACUGAUACUGAUUAUUUAAUUCGUAAUAUUGUUGAUCCAAUAAUACGUGCAUUAUCAAUAUCAUGUUAUAUAUUAAUUGCAAUUGUUUAUUUUGUAUUACCACAAUUGCGAGAUCUUGUUGGUAAUAUGAUAACAAGUAUGAAUUUAUGUUUAGUUGUACAUCAAAUUGCUGUAACAAUAACAAUAUUUAAACAAUAUGCUAAUCAUUUUAGUUUUUUUAUAGCUGAUACAAUAGCAUAUACAUCAUUAUUAGCAGCAUUUUUAUGGUUAAAUGCAAUUGGUUAUUUUGUAUGGAAUACAUUUAGAUCACGUAAUGUAUUUUUACGUGUAACAGAUGGUAGAAAAUAUUGUUAUUAUUCAAUGUAUGUUUGGGGUACAACAUUACUUAUUAUUUGUACAGCAUUAUUUGCACAUUUUGCAUUAGAAAUAAGUGGUACACCAGUUGAAUCAACUGGUUUUAAAACUGAGAAACAAGAAACAAUUGGGCUACUUGGUUCAUCAAUAUUAUUUUUAUCAAUAAUAUUUACAAUUAUAAUUGAUAUUUGUUUUAUAUUAUCAACAUCAAAAACAAUUAAAAGAAUGCGUACAUAUGGAAGAAUACAUCAUAAAAUGAAAUAUAGUUUUCGUAUGUUUACAUUAUUAUUUAUGAUUAUUAGUUUUGGAUGGUUAUCAUAUAUGAUAUCAUUAUUUGAUUAUAAUUAUAUUGUUUAUUUUAAUAUUAUUAUUAAUUUAUUUGAAUCAUUUUUAAUACUUUAUAUAUGUGUUUUUGGACAAAAAAGAGUUACAUUUUUAUUAAGUAAAACUUGUAAAUGUUGUGAGAGUGAUGUUGCAACACCAGAGGGUCUUGAUUGGGGUGAAGAAAUGACUGCAAUUAAUGCAGGAUAUUAAUUGACUUGUUGGAUAUCAUUAAGCUCUUGAACAAUGAUUAAUAUAAUAAUAAUUUUUUUAUAUGAAAAAUAUAAUAAGCUACACAAUUACUAUUUGGCUAAGUAUUUUAUACAAAUGUUUUUUUUUUAUAAUUAUUUAUAUUGGAAAAUAAAAUGUAUAGUAUUUUGUACCAUGCACUGAAUUUAUAAUUAUUAAUGAAUAAAUAAAUUGUAAUUGUAAAU